UAUUUUAAUGGAGAUUGGUAGGCUACGUGAUGCCUGACGAGCGCAACAAUCACGUUUCAUUGUUCUGACGGUACCAACAAUAAUGGCGGACAGAGGAUUCGGUCUGGGAAGGUUGGAUGGAAAAGUUGCUCUUAUCAGUGGCGCCAGCUCGGGUAUUGGUGCUGGGACAGCCAAGAUGUUUUCAAAACUUGGUGCUAAGUUGGCUCUCACUGGGAGAAAUGAGGACAACUUAAAGAAAACUGGCAAUGAAUGUGAGGAACUUGGAGGACAUAAGGUUCUAUGUAUCCCUGGAGAUCUUACAAUAGAGGAAGAUGUGAACAAAAUUGUUGAAGAUGCAGUGAAACAUUAUGGACAGCUUGACAUUCUGGUGAACAGUGCUGGCAUUGUGGAGCUAGGAACCAUAGAAACCACCUCUCUAGAACAAUAUGACAGACUCAUGAAUACAAAUGUCAGGGCCAUGUACCAUCUGACCAUGUUAGCGACGCCACAUCUUGUAAAGACUAAAGGAAGUAUUGUGAAUGUAUCAAGUGUGAAUGGUAUCAGAUCUUUUCCUAAUGUGUUGGCUUACAACAUGUCUAAAAGUGCUGUGGACCAAUUUACUAGAUGCUGUGCUUUAGACUUGGCACCAAAGCAAGUUAGAGUAAACAGUGUUAAUCCUGGGGUUAUUAUCACAGAAAUUCAUAAACGUGGAGGACUAGAUGAUGAAGCAUACCAAAUGUUUUUGGAAAGAACAAAGUUUACACAUGCAUUAGGACGUCCAGGCCAGGUGGAGGAAGUAGCUGCAAUGAUUGCAUUCCUUGCUUCAGAAAAUGCCUCGUUUAUUACUGGAGCACAAAUUCCAAUAGACGGCGGAAGACAUGCAAUGUGUCCUAGAUAAUGAGGAAAAGAACUGCAGAUUGUGUUUUAAUAAUGUACAUGUAUGUUUGUAAUUUUCUGCAUAUAUUGUCAUGUUGUUUUUUUUUUUUAAUGUCAUUUCUGCAAGUCAAGUUUGUUAACAUGGAUCAUGGUUGUCAUUUUGAGUAGUCUUUAUUUAUUUGUUGUUUAUGAAAAUGCUUCUGAAGGAAUAAUCCAAAUGGACAUUUGAAUUCACAUAAACAUAGAAUAUUUAUCACAUGAAAGCAGUAAAAAAACUGGUUAAAUACACAAAGUUUUUCAUAGAUAUCACAUGGUAUGAAAUGUUUUGUAGAAAUAAACAGAAUGACAAACACUGAUGCUCCUGGUUGUGAUAAGACUGCUGUGUGUAAAUUAAAUAGUACAGUUGCUAAAGGUCAGAAAACUGAAUAUGUCUGCUAAUUACCCAAUCUAUGACUGCGCUACUUUUACAUACUCUGCUCAAAAUAAAAUGCUUGUCUACAGACGUACAACUUUCACAUUCAUUGAGAUCUGGCACACAAGUCAGCCUUAAACUACAAAUCUUAUAGAAGAAUUGCAUUGUUUAUAUAUUCUUCACGUACAUUUUAGCAUCUUCAAGAAAAUAUAGGUUUUAUAAAUAUGCCAACACCAGGAAGUAGUACUGUAAAAUCAUUAAAUUUCGUGGGCAUGAAAUUUCAUGGUUUUGGUCAAAACAGCAAUUUCGUGGGGAUAUGAAUUCGUGAAUUUCAACUUUUGAACAUAAAAUAAAUGGGGAAUUUUACUUGUAAGUUGGGAUUAAAUUUCGUGGAUUGACUCAACCACGAAAUCCACAAAAAUUAUUCCCCCACGAAUAUUAAUGAUUUCCCAGUACAGUGAAACACCGCUCGCUCGAGCAUCGAUGACUCGAGCACCUGGGCUCGCUCGAGCAAUUCAUGUGGUCCCGGCCGAUUUCCUUCUAUUUUGUAUGUGAAAUUACCAUGGCUGGGGCGAGCAUCGAUAACUCGAUCGCUCGAGCAUGACACCUGGUCCAUGUGGAUGAAUUUACUCUUUGUUGCUUAUGCUCAAGCAGAGGUGUCAAAACUUUUCACACCUUCGGCGGUCAGAAUGUAUCGGUUAAUUUAAAAUUUUCGCUCGUGAGAAUUGCAUGGUCUAUUCCCCGCCUAUCUUAAAUGUUUGUCGGUAUAUUUGAUCUGAUAAUGGGAUUAAUUAUUGAUGAAAUUUUAUUGAUCAAAAUUGUUAUUAAUUAUUACUUUUUUCUGCGGGAUCGAGAAGAUAAUUAUGAGAUCUUAAUAUUUUAAUCAACAGUUGUUUGCAUUCAAAUAAAGGAAAUAAGAUAGCCUUUUCAUAAAAUUGAGACGAUAAUUAUGAGAUCUUAAUUUGGAGAAGAAAAUUGCGAAUUCUAUUACAGUAUUUCAAAUAAAAAAAAAUGUCAAUUGUUUCUUCAUAUGUGCCAUUUACGAUCUAUCAUAAAUAACGUUUGUAAUACGUUUUUUGAAAAUGUCACGAGUGUGUUAAUAUUACGCAUCACCGUUUCCUCUGCAAAUGGUCUCGAUGACAAUUGGUAAAACAAACUUCAAUCUUCUUUGGUCAAUGUUUGGGUCGCUCGAAACCAUGGAUAACUCGAGCAUUUUGCUCAUCCCCUUGCGACCUCGAGCGAGCGGUGUUUCACUGUAUAUUGUUUUGCUCAGGUUACACCUUCUGUCCAAUAAGUGCAGAUCUCUUGGGGCCAGAAAUGGUCAUUUUACAAAAGAUUAUUGCUUAUAGUUAGUAGAUUACCCCUAUUGUUUUGGAGGCAGAAGGUCAAAGCCACAGUGACCUUGGGCUAUAAUCUAUUUCUAGUCGAUGAUUGAGAACAGUCGAGUCUGCAACUUAAUAUGGUGUUGCCUGUGGUAGGAAACUGGUGUCAGUUAUGUCAGUCAAAGGUCACAGUGACCUCAAACAAUUUCUGAUUAACCUGGAGAAUAUUUGGAUUAAACUCAAAAGCACACAGCUUUUACAAACAGAUGUUAAAAAUUAUGAUUGUACUGUUAUUGAUGAUAUAGUUUUUAUUGAGAAAAUUGCACAUUGACAAAAAGAGUGCGUGAAAUCGUGCUGUUAAUUUGUUUUCAACUGCUAAUGUUACACUGAGAUUUUGUUGAAGUAACUGAAAAAUUCAUUAAUUAUAUCAGUUGUAGGUUUGUUACCUAAUGAUUUUACUGGUCAGCUUGUUCAAUACAUUGUAUUUGGUGCAUAUUCUUUUUUCCUGCUAAAGGGGAGGAGGUUUAUUGUUUUGCUCUGUCAUUGCAUUGGUUGGUAGAUCUAUUAAUUUAGGGUCAAUAACUAAAUGCUGGCUUGAGCCUACAGUGGUCUGAAAUUUCAUAAAAUGAUUGCCUGUAGUCAGUAGUUGAACUCUAUUGUUAGAGGACCAAAAGUCAAAGUUACAGUAAUUUUGAGGAAGGAAAUGUUUAUCCUCUUUAGCCUACAUCCCUUGAACUUUUUAGGAAGUUUUCUGUUGCCAGUUGAGUCAGUUAGACAGUAGGUCCAAUGCUAAGUUCACAUUGACCAUGCGACUUUAUUUGGUUCUACAUGUACUAGCAUUCUUCUUUAGACUGAAAAUAAGUACCUAUUUACCUGUGACAGGUCAUCUUGUGGGCAUAUAUGUUUAAUACUCUUCUUUGAUAUUUGAACAGAGACUUUGUAUUUCAUAUGCUUUUUGAUAUAUUAUGUCAUGAGAUUUGUACAUCUGUAAUAUUUUUCAUUAAAGAAAUGUUAUCUGGA